GGUGCUCAUCAGUUGCAGUUAAAAAGUAAACCGGCAAGCAUCAAGCAAGAGGAUGAUACACUCAUUAAGGCUGCACAUCGUUUUGGCCUUGUUGCUGUGUGUGUUGUGUAUUGAUAUUUGUGUAGCGGAUGCUGCCUCAGCCGCUGCUGUGAUUGAACCCAGCUUGUACAGUCCCGAGGAUAAUGUACAAAUAUUAAACAACGAUACGCUGGAAGAGCACCUCUACAAUUCCAGCACUUGCAAUUUUGUGCAGUUCAUCAACUAUUUUUGCGGCGAUUGUCGUCGCUAUGCGCACACAUUCAAGCAGAUCGCAUGGCGUCUCUACGACUGGCGUCGCCUGCUCACCGUCUCUGUGGUCGAUUGUGCCCAGGAGCGCAAUGUGCAGAUCUGUCGCGAUUAUAACAUACGACAGACGCCAACGUUACGCCUCUUUCCACCGCAUUUUCAGCGCAACAAGCAGCAAAUUGGCUUCGAUGUCGAUCCGCAUGAACCCGCCGCAAUUUACACCAAGCUCGCUGAGUAUAUGGCGCAAAUUAAGUAUACGCCGGAGCUGCCCAACUUUGAACCCAUCACUGCCACAGAUAAUCAGUUGACACUGCAAAAAUCGGUCGACUAUUGCAAUACUAUAUCGUAUAUUGUGCUUGUCUAUCAGCCAGUUGGCACAACAAUUGGGCGAGACUUGAUAUUGGAGUUGUUGCGUUGGCCAAUUGUUGCCGUGCGUCAGCUCGACGAUCAGCUGUUGUUUACCAACUUUGGUCUGGAGCCAAGCACUAAGCUGGCUCUCAUCGACUGUGGAGGCAAUGCGUUGGCCUUGCAGCCAGUAGCGGAUACCACGGACGCCUAUGUGGCAAGUGUGACCAAGUAUUUGCAGACUGUUGGUCACAUGGCGGAGCCGCAACUUGUCACAACGCCAGCGCCAAAUGUGACCAAGUUUUCGCUGGACGGCGAACAAGCUGCAAUCAUCUCAACUGUGCUGCAUGGACAACCGAAAGUUUAUCGCGCCGAUCUGGAGCAGGCAAUUGACAAGUUGUUGCACAUCGAGUUGCCCAAGGUGCAAGUGUUUAGGGGCGAGAAUAUGCUGGCCUUGCAACAGCUGCUGAAGGUGUUGCGACUGUUUAAUCCCUUGAAUGCCAGUGGCAAACAGCUGAUUAAUCGUCUCUCCGACUUUGUUAACUCCAUCGAUGCGAGUGGCGAAUUGAGCGGCGUCGCCUUUCAGAUGCAAGUCGAGAAUCAUGAACGCAAGCUGCCCAAAGUCUUCAAGUCGAAACGUUAUGUGGGCUGCAUUGCAUCGGGUCCUUUUCUGCGUGGUUUCACCUGCUCCCUGUGGACAUUGUUUCACUAUCUGACCGUGGAGUCGGCUAAGUCAACGGACUUGCCACCUGGCGCCGUCUUGGCUACCAUUCAUGGCUUUGCAAAGCAUUUCUUUGGCUGCGGCGAUUGUGUGCAACAUUUCAUGGGCAUGGCCGAGAGACGAAAACUCUUCGAGGUCAAAAACGCAGAUGAGCAAAUACUUUGGUUGUGGGAAGCGCACAACGAAGUGAAUGAACGCAUCGCUGGCGAUUCUACCGAAGAUCCCAAGUUCCCCAAACUGCAAUAUCCCAGUCAAGAGCUGUGCGAGAAAUGCCACAACCCAACUUGGAAUCGAAAGGAGGUCUUAGCGUUUUUAAAGAGUGUUUAUGACAAGAAGAACUUGAGCAGCUACGGACUGCCAACGGCCAAUGGUUAUGAUUGAUAGAUAGUUAGUAAUGUGUUAAAAUAAAUAUAAGUCUUAAUAAA